AUGGGACAUUUAACGGUCAAGAGAGUGUUCCCGAUGGGUGCAAGCGCCACUCCAAGCGCCAGCAACCAUCUCCUUGAGGCACUCACGCUGUGCGACUGCAUUCUGAAGCGAUACAAGCGCUGCGGGGUUCAGCUCAACGACGCAGAGAUCGCUGCCUUCGCCAAUGUACAGCAGCGCAUGUCUAGCAUCUCUGGCCACGCAGCACACGCCGCAGGCCCAGCAGACGCCACUCAAAAGCAGCCGCAGGAACUGGGACUGCACGAGUACGCUCAACUGGCGCAGCGGUGCCUGAUCUUCCAGAACCCCCUCACGCAAAUUGUCGCCACCAUCAACGGAGAGUUCUCCAAACUUGUGGGCUGUCCAGUGCGCACGCACUACGUGAAUGCAAACGACGCGGUGCUAUGCGACCCGGUGCAUGACACUGUCGCAACCAUGGACGCAUCCACCCCCAUCGGCAGGUGUGCGCAGACGAAGACAACCCUUACCGUUUCCCACACGAUCUACGUCCCCCUGUGCUACAACAGCCAUGUCGUCGGUUGCCUGGAGGUGAAGGGCACCGCAAUCGACACGAGCACGCCGUUCUUCGGGUACGCCCUUCAAGUGGCGGCAUUAACGCUCCAGAACGCCACCUCCAUUGAUAUGCUGCGGUGGGAGACUCGAAAGGCAGAGGCCAUGGUGAGCAUGGCGACACGGCUUGCUCGAGACACGUUGGAGGAGUCGGUGCUGGUGCAGUCCAUCAUCAACACGGCAAAGACGCUGACGGAGAGCGACCGGUGCAGCAUCUUCCUGGUGAAAGCGGACGGAAGCCUGGAGGCGCACUUCGAGGACGGCAACAUUGUGGUGCUGCCUGCAGGGACGGGCAUCGCAGGUUACGUUGUGGAAUCGGGUACCGUGGUGAACAUCCCGAACGCGUACGAGGACGAGCGGUUCAACCGGUCCGUGGACAAGGUGACUGGCUACCACACACGCACGAUCCUGUGUCUGCCGAUCGCGUUCGAGGGCACGAUCGUUGCCGUUGCGCAGCUGAUCAACAAGCUGGACAUGGUGACACAGAGCGGGCAGCGACUUCCGCGCGUGUUUGGGCGGCGCGACGAGGAGCUGUUCGAGACGUUCUCGAUGUUCGCUGCCGCGUCGCUGCGCAACUGCCGCAUCAACGAUACGCUGCUAACGGAGAAGAAGAAGAGCGACGCGAUCCUGGACGUUGUGGCGCUGCUGUCGAACACGGACAUCCGCGACGUGGACAGCAUUGUGCGGCACGUGCUGCACGGCGCGAAGAAGCUGCUGAACGCGGACAGGUCAUCGAUGUUUCUGCUGGAUAAGGAGCGCAACGAGCUGUACAGCAAGAUGGCGGACAGCGCGAACGAGAUCCGGUUUCCGUGCGGGCAGGGCAUUGCCGGCACUGUUGCCGAGUCCGGCGUUGGCGAGAACAUCAUGGACGCGUACGCUGACUCGCGCUUCAACAGCGCUGUGGACCGGCAGCUGGGCUACCGCACACAGUCCAUCCUGUGCGAGCCGAUUACGCUGAAUGGCGAGGUGCUUGCCGUGGUGCAGCUCGUCAACAAGCUUGACGACGACGGUAGCGUGACCUGCUUUACGCCCAUGGAUCAAGAAACAUUCAAAGUGUUCUCGCUGUUUGCGGCCAUCUCGAUCAACAACAGCCAUCUGCUGGAGUUCGCGGUGAACGCGGGUCGUGAGGCGAUGACCUUGAGCCUGCAGCGCAACAGCAUUACGGCGCUGCGUGCUCCGAAGAGCGUGAAGGUGAUCGCGGUGACGCAGGAGGAGCGUGAGGCAGUGAUGUCGAUUGACUUCGGGGACGCAUAUGACUUCACCUCACCGGACUUCAGCCUGUUUGAAGUGCGCGAGAAGUACAGCGAGCCGAUGGAUGCGGCUGCCAGUGUUGUGUAUAACCUGCUAUGGAGCAGUGGUCUACCGGAGAAGUUUGGUUGCCGUGAGCAGACACUGCUGAACUUCAUCUUGCAGUGCCGCCGCAGGUACCGCCGCGUGCCGUACCACAACUUUUACCACGUCGUGGACGUGUGCCAGACGCUGCACACGUACCUGUACACAGGCAAGGCAUCGGAGCUCCUGACGGAGCUGGAGUGCUACGUGCUGCUUGUGACUGCGCUGGUGCACGACCUUGACCACAUGGGCGUGAACAACAGCUUCUACCUGAAGACGGACUCGCCGCUGGGUAUCCUCUCCAGCGCGAGCGGGAAUAACUCUGUGCUGGAGGUGCACCACUGCAGCCUCGCCAUCGAGAUUCUGUCCGACCCCGCCGCAGACGUGUUCGAGGGGCUGAGCGGACCGGACGUCGCGUACGCGUACCGCGCGCUGAUCGACUGUGUGCUGGCCACCGAUAUGGCUCGCCAUGGAGACCUGUCGAAGGUUUUUGAUGAUAUGGCGAAGGCCGGAUACGACUCCAGCAAUCAGGAGUCUCGGCGUCUGGUGAUGGAAACGCUGAUCAAGGCCGGUGACGUGUCGAAUGUGACGAAGCCGUUUGAGACGUCUCGCAUGUGGGCGAUGGCUGUGACGGAGGAGUUCUACCGCCAGGGUGACAUGGAGAAGGAGAAGGGCGUGGAGGUGCUGCCGAUGUUUGACCGGUCGAAGAACAACGAGCUGGCGCGUGGGCAGAUCGGCUUCAUUGACUUCGUAGCUGGCAAGUUCUUCCGGGAUAUUGUGAGCAACUUAUUUCACGGAAUGCAGUGGUGUGUUGACACGGUAAACUCCAACCGCGCAAGGUGGCAAGCGAUCCUAGAUGGCCGCCGUGACUCCACCCGAUCCUCCAUUGCUUAA